AUGAUUAUUAGUAUUACAUUGUCCUAUCAGGCCAUUGGCUCCCUAGCAGAGCUUAAACGGUUCAACGAGUUGCUGGCUAAUUUGUUAAACGGUCUUGCAUCCAAAGCUGCAAAUUCCAUGGAGGAUAAUAAGUUUGCAACAGGGGAAGUAAACCUCACAAGCACAGAGACUCUUUAUGGAUUGGUGCAGUGUACUCCUGAUUUGUCCUUGUUUGAUUGCAACAUGUGUUUCAGCAGCGCCAUUGCUUCUGUUCCGAAUUGCUGUGAUGGAAAACGAGGAGCGAGGGUGUUGCUUCCAGGGUGCAAUAUUAGAUAUGAGGUCUACCCUUUUUACAAUAGCACCAAAUCACUUACUCCAUCGGUUCUUCAAUCUCGCCAUUCAGGAAGGAAUCGUGUUGAAGUAGUUCUAGGAUGUGUUAUUCCAAUUGUUGCUGCUAUGGUGCUGUUUACUUUUGGCAUAUGUUCUGCCAUGGGAAAACAAGGAAGAGAUGUGAUUAAAUUGUGGAAGAAAACGAUAAUAUAUAGCUAAUAACUAUAAGAUAUUUCUUCAAUUGCUUAGUUGGUCAGUUAGGGUUGUAACUGUCUUCCUUUUGAGGUUGAAUGAAAACAGAAUUUUUCUGAGA